GAGAAGCAAGAGGAGAGAUACCGGGGGCACAGAUACGGUGCCGGCAACAGUCAAAGGCUUAUGAGAGGGAGAGUUCCUUCCUCUUUAGGAGAGGCCACAUGGAGCUCGAAUCCCUCAUCUUAAACCCUGCGGCUCAAGGAACUGGCGCGCGGAAGAAAAAAUCUGAAAACACGCGAAUCGCCAGCUGUGGCUCUCGUUCCCCGAAAUACAACUCUAAACCGAGACUGGAGGGAGAAAGGAAAGGAACAGGGUUCUACUUACCUAUCGCUUCAUCGGAUUCCCUCGAGUUGGACGAAAAUAGUAAUUCCAUAUCCUAUCAGGAGGGAGAAGUGGACAUCGACGACCACGAGAGCUACAGACAUAGAAACAGUGAUAGCGAGGAAGAGGACGACCACCACGACCCCCAACAUCUCCAACACUUUCUCCCCUCCACUCCCGCUACCAUCAAAUCAACUCUCACUCAUUUCCUCUCCGUCAUCCUGAAUUCCAUCCUUCCAUCUAACGAAAUGGCCACCGUACCCUCGUAUACACAAGGAGAGGCGGAGACAACGUCAAAAGAUAAAAAUGCUAUUUACUCUGAUGGAGAUAUCGCAUCUGCGGAUUCGGAUGCCGUGAAACUUGCUGGUUUGUGCUCCGAAUUUCUUCUGUUCUCAUACUCUCGCUUCGUCACCCCAUCCUUUAUUUUUAUUCUUCUUCCCGGGCACCAACACCAAAAGCAUAAACCGAAAGAGUCAUCUCCUCUCCUCAACCUGAGACGAUGAAGCCCCGUGACAAAUAUUUUGCAUUAUUUUGCGGCAUCUUGUGAGGCACAUGACAACUGACAUGAAAAUAUCCAGAGAUGGGUUACACCCAAGACCUUGAGAGAAACUUCAGCAAGUGGUCCCUUCUGGGGUGGGUUCAUUAUACCUCUUCCAUUUCCCUUCCGUCCCGCAAACACGCCAUUUGCCAACCUUCAGUGAUUCAAGUGCUGGAGACGCCGAAGUAAGAGUUUUUGCUGACAUGUCGUGGGUAAAACAGUGUUUCAUUUGCUCUUACCAACAGUGGGUUUAUGCAUUAAUUCUCUCUGUGGCGGGGGAACGGAAACUCACUGUGCGAAUAGGCUGGUUUGGUAUUUCUGCAUCGCUUGUUACGGGUAUCAACUCUGGAGGACCAAUUGUUACUGUCUACGGAAUCAUCUUGAUCGCACUCAUCAAUGGAUGCGUCGGUAUCUCAUUAGCCGAAUUGGUCAGUGCUAUGCCGAAUUCCGGGGGCCAAUACUACUGGGUAAGUGUAUUGGCUCCCCAAAGACACUCGAAAUUUCUCUCAUAUCUUACCGGGGCUGUUGGGUACGCCGGAAGCAUCUUCACAUGCGCCAGUGUUGCGUUGGCAAUUGGAAGUGCCCUAAUGGGCAUGAUACAAAUGAACCAUCCAGAUCUGUACGUGCCUUUUCUAUGUAAAUGCGCUUGGAAUCGAUCCUGAUCACCUGUAUCAUAUAGCGUCAUCGAGAGAUGGAUGGUUUUUAUUGCUUACCAGGUCUUCAAUCUCUUCGCCUGGUUCUUUAAUUGCUAUGGAAAGACCCUGCCCAAGAUCGGAAGCUUCUUUCUCUACGUUUCACUCACUUCGUUCAUCGUAAUCACCAUCACCGUUCUGGCCACCUCGUCCCCGAAACAGAAUGCGAAAUUUGUUUUUGCCAAUUUUGUCAACAAUACCGGCUGGGAAUCAAAUGCAAUUGCCUUCAUUGUUGGCCUCAUCAACCCCAACUGGUCAUUUGCAUGUCUGGAUUCGGCAACGCAUUUGGCGGAAGAAGUCCCACGACCUGAGAGCAAUAUUCCGUUCGCAAUCAUGGGAACUGUAGCAAUAGGAUUCGUUACGGCCUUUCUAUACUCCAUUGCGAUGUUCUUCUCCAUGACAAACCUAGAUGAACUUGUUAAUACAGCCACUCUUGUCCCUAUCCUCGAGCUGUAUAGACAGGCCACGGGCUCAAAGCCUGCUGCAAUCUUUUUAGAGUUCUUGAUUUGCUUCACAGGACUGGGUUGCCAGAUAGCUUGCCAUACUUGGCAGGCAAGGCUCUGCUGGUCCUUUGCGCGUGAUAGAGGAUUGCCGGGGUCUCGAUAUUGGUCCCAGGUCCAUCCCACUAUGGGAAUUCCGUUCUAUGCGCACACCAUGAGCUGUAUCGUUGUAGCGCUUCUAGGGCUGCUUUACAUCGGGUCAACAACAGCAUUCAACAGGUUACUAUCUUCCUUCCAUGCACUCACCCCUUGCCCUGGAAUGUUAGCUGACGGAGAAAAAAAUCUAAUAGUAUGGUAACCGCGUGUAUUGUUCUGCUGUACAUUUCAUAUGCCAUUCCAGUCAUCCUCCUCCUCAUGAAAGGGCGCGGCAACAUCAAGCACGGCCCCUUCUGGGCCGGCAAACCCGGGCUUGUGGCAAACCUUGUGCUCUUGUUCUGGACCGGUUUUACGCUCAUCAUGUACUCUUUCCCGUACACGAAGCCGGUCAAGAGUGGAACAAUGAACUACGUAUCCGCAGUUUACGGGGUUGUGUUCAUCCUGACUAUUGGAUACUGGUUCGCCCGUGGAAAUCGUACUUUCCGAGGAGGGAGAGAGCGAGCUGCUGAGGCAGAACAGAUGGUUAAAGAAGUCGCAAGUCAUGCACAUGUAAACUAAUGUUACCCCGGUUUGCCUUGAGCUUUUAUUCUUCUCCACCCCCACCAACUCCUGCUCCCGAUCCGAUCUGAUGGCUAAAGAAAUCUUGCGCUUAAAUUACCCUCUUCCUUCCUUCCCUCUCUUCCCCUGCAUCCGUAGUUAGAAAUCAGCUGUCUUGUAGAAAUGAAUUUACUUGGAAGCAUACACAAUCAGAUGUUCUUACCAUUACCCUUGCCGCCGCCGUAAUCACUGCCCCUUGGCCAAGGGCAACGCCAGCCAGAAUACUCGCACGUCAAGAAGUAAAAAGCAAAAAAGAAGGAGCACUUCCAACCACCCACCUACCUGCCACACCCCCGCAGCCCAACCAAAUCUGCAAUCUCGCAUCAUAGGAUUCUGCACAUUUAUUUCAUGGUGUCACACGGCAGCAAACAAAAAGCCGGUGGUCCUGUCUGGUGCGAGCAGUGCCAGAACCGCGCGCCCAUCCAGCCAUUACACUCGCUCUCUCCCGUCAUCCUGCACACUUAUGCAAAACAUCACGAGCCAACCGCCAAACGCCAUAAAGAUGGAAGGGAGGAAAGAAGAAGGAAAAGAAAAAAAAAAGGAAAAAACAAGUUCCGCGAGAGAAAGAAGGAAGGGAAAAACACAGAAAAAGCAAAGAAAUCGGCCCGAUAGAUUUCCCGAAGGAUUCGCCACCGUGGGAGAGAGGGGGGGGUUGAAGCCCCCCAGACAUUUGCUAUUUCUCAUUACAAGUACUUUGUAUAUUAUCGGGGGUGGGGGGAGCUUCAAGUACAAGUAACUCGGUACCAUCUCAUUGGACCACCAAGCCUCGUGCCCCCCCCCCCGGCGCUCUCACGACGAUGAGAUGGGCAGUGCGGGUUCCGUUCGGUUACCAUAGUAGAGCUAACCUUAGACUACCGUACGGUAUUGUACUCGCCAGCGUACCUUACUAGUAGAGCACUGUACCACCACCAGCCAUUGCGACACCGUACCGCAAGUCUCGGGAUCCCCGUGGGGCUGUACAAGUAACAACGUUGUGGAAUCGGAAAUGGCCUAUCGUGCACUUUGCCAUUGUUUUUUUCCCUUUCCCAUCUCCAUUUCCAUUUUUGUUUUUGUCGUUGUAGUCUAUUAUUAUUAUUAUCAUUACUAUUACUACGAUACUCGUACUUUAAUAUCCAUCAGUCAGUUUCGUAAGGUAAGCUACGGUAGGGGUACCCACAAUACAGUACUCGCACCUACCCACCCAAUAAAUAAAGAACUAAAUAAAUACAUAAAAUAAAAAUUGUGGCAGUGCGGUAUGUAAGUACGGUUACUGUGUCACAGUAUCGUACCGGAGAAAUUGCAUACUGUGCGUUUGUUUGUUUGUUGUUCAUCUUAUUUAUAAAGUGUCGUGAUAAUAUUAUCACCAUCAUAUCAUAUCAUAUGGCACUCACUGUACUGUACUAUAGUUCGCACGUGGUGCUUGUGCAGUAGGAUGGUUUAGGUUGGGGGGAAAUGCGGGGGGAGGAAGGAAGGA